UCGUUCCAAAAUUUUAGCCUUUUUACUUCCCCACUCAUCAACAGCGUGGAAAGAUGAGCUUUGAGCUUGAGAUUGGGAUUGAAUAAAUAAAUGAUCAGAAGAUUAUAGCAGCAGCAAAGCAAGAUCCUCUUCUUCUGACUCUUUACCUUUUCAUCAUCUGUCGUCAGCAACCGUGAGCCGCUAUGGCGACGACUAAGUGCCCUGCUCCUCCAAAUUCCAACCAAGAUAAACCCCAAACAACUUCAGAGGUUGUUCAACAGGCAAAUGAGGUUCAACAAGAUUUUAGGCCAGAGGAUAAUAAACAGAAUGAUCCAGCAUCUGUGUUUGUGAACUCUGAACCAAUACGAGAGGACCAAAUUUUGAAUGCUGUCAAAUUUCUUUCACAUCCCAAAGUUAGGGGUUCUCCUGUUAUUUAUAGAAGAUCCUUUCUCGAGAGAAAAGGCCUUACAAAAGAGGAGAUAGAUGAAGCUUUCCAACGUGUGCCUGACCCACCUCCUAGUUCACAGCCACCUAGUUUGAAUCAAGAUGGGCAAGUGAAGUCUUCAUCUAACGUUCAAGCUCAAGCCACAAUGCAAACUCCCCAGCCUGUGGCAGCUGCUCCUCCUGGUAAUGCAUCUGUGGGGACACUUGCACGAUCACAGUUUCAUUGGUAUCAUGUUGUUUUUGCGGUAGGUUUACUGGCAGCUUCAGGAGCUGGCACAGCUGUAUUGAUCAAGAAUGCUAUUAUCCCAAGGUUGAAAUCUUGGAUACGUAAAGUUGUGUUGGAAGAAGAAAAUGACCAUGCAAAGAAAAGUGAUGCAAAACCAAGUUUGUUAGAAGAGGCAGCAGCUGCAGCAAAAGCUGCUGCGGCUGCAGCUGCUGAUGUUGCAAAAACAAGCCAGGAAAUGUUAAACUCAAAAGAUCUUGUCAAGAAGCGCUUUGAGAAAUUUAUGAAUCUGAUAGAUGUUCAAGUACAAGAAAUGAAGUCGAUGAGUAAUGCCAUAAGGAAAUUGGAAGGACAAGCUAAUAGCUCUGGUAGAACAUUCAUUGAUCAUGAAGGUCAUAGAGUAUCAGCCUCAAGUACAAAGCAAUCCUAUGCAAAUGGCAAGGCGGAUGCUGAUGCGCGCUCAGUGAGAUCCUCAUCACCACCUACAUCUGCGGAACCACCUCACCCAAAGUCAUAUAUGGAGAUUAUGGCAAUGAUCCAAAGAGGGGAGAAACCUUCAAAUAUCAGAGAAGUUAAUGAUAUGCCUCCCAACCCUAACCAACAACCUUCAAAUCCUCUCAUAGCACCAAGAACUAAGCCUUGGGAGGCCCAAAAUGGCUCCAGCCAGGUACUCCAGUCUCAAGUAAGUGCUGAAGGCUUGAAUCAAAAAGUACAAGGCAAUGGGUUAAACUAUCUGGAUGAUGAUGAGGACUCAACGCCUUGGUGGCAACGGAAAAAUGUCAGAAUCACAGAGAUUGAAAAUGAAGACGAACUUAAGGCUGGAGCUUAUGGGAUGAAAACCAAUGAACAACCAGUUCAACGUACAUGGGUUCCUCCUCAGCCACCACCUGUGGCAAUGCCUGAAGCAGCUGAAGCCAUUCGACGGCCAAAAUCAUCAGCUCUUAAAGAAACUGGUGCACAACAAUUAACUGAUGAACAGUCAGUGGCUCGACCCUCAGAGGUAACUGAUGAGUUACAAAAGAUCGCAAAAAUAUCUGAGUCAGCAGGUGCAAUGGAGUUGAAUGGGGGUUUUUCGGGUGUAAAGUCCACUGAGAUACAAGAACAUGAACACAGCUUUGAAGGGAACUGAAGCCGGAUUCACUCUCCAGGGUAAGCUUGAUCUAAGGUUUACGGAUGCAUAUGUUUAAAAAAGAUAGAAAGCAGCCAAGAUUAUUUUUCUGUCAUCAUCUAAACUAUUGUGCCCUAAAAUUGAGCAUCGCCGCGGUAUAUGUAGACCUUUCUAAUCAUUACGAGUACAGUAUGUAGACUAAUAAUAAUAAUAAUAAUAAUAACAAUGCAUUGGCCUCAAUUUUGUUUCAAAGUAUCUUCUUUGAGUCAUUC